AUGAGUACAAGUGCCUCAAAAAUCGAGAAUUUGGCGAGCAAGGAAGGUGUAACAGACAGAUUGAAACAAGAGGAAGCACAUGCUCCAAAGAAAUCCGAAAAACUGUCUGUAUUUGGGUAUGUGAUCUCAGAACUGACAAGAGGAUACAUGUUGGAACGAGACAAGGAAAAGUUUACUGAGCGGCGCCAGAGAGUCUACACAUUCAUGAAAACUCCAAGAGAACUAGAAAAGUUUAUCGUGUUUGGAUUUUUCCAGCUGGUGGAUGCUUUCUUGUUUCUAUUUACAUUCUUGCCACUGAGAAUUGUCCUUGCCUUGUUGAAGAUCAUUACACAUCCCUGUGGUUUCUUCAUGCCAAAGUCUCCCAGGUUUUUAGAACCAGCUCAAAUUUGUGAUAUAUUGAAGGGCAUCAUAUUACUAGCCUCAUUUUUCAUCAUCAAUUACAUCGACACGUCUAUGAUGUAUCAUCUUGUACGAGGACAGGCCAUUGUGAAACUCUACGUCUUCUUCAAUAUGCUUGAUAUGGCUGACCGUAUGUUCUCCAGCUUUGGCCAGGACAUCUUGGACGCACUGUACUGGACAGCUAUGGAGCCUCGGGACAAGAAACGCCAACAUUUUGGUGUUCUACCCCACCUUCUGUUGGCCAUCUUGUAUGUCAUCAUCCAUUGUCUGUUAAUCCUGUUCCAAGCUACGGUGCUCAAUGUUGCCUUCAACUCUCACAAUAAAGCUCUUCUCACUAUUAUGAUGUCAAACAAUUUUGUAGAAAUCAAAGGUAGUUUGUUUAGGAAGAUAGACAAAGAACUUCUGUACCACAUCUCAUGUAGUGAUGUAAAGGAACGUUUCCACUACACCAUACUGCUGGCUGUCGUCUUCAUACGUAACAUGACAGAGUUCUCCUGGAAUGUAGAACAUAUAUGGGUGAUCAUUCCUGAUGUUGUCAUAGUACUGUGUGCAGAAUUAAUGGUGGACUGGGUCAAACAUGCCUUCAUUCUCAAGUUCAAUGAAAUGUCCGCUGAUAUAUACUAUGCAUACAAGCUUCGACUGUCUGAGGAUAUGAUAGCCAAUAGACAAAGUAGGGCCUAUAUAGACUACUCUGACAUGGUGGCUAGAAGAAUGGGAUUUACACCCCUCCCACUUGCCUGUCUCCUGGUGAGGAUCUGUACAAAAUCAUUCAAGGUUACUGGUACAAUUGGCAUUCUUGUGGUAUUCCUCCUGUUUUUGUGUCUGCUAACAUUUAAGAUACUGAACAGUAUCAUCCUGCUGGGCCAGGCUACUGAGAUGACAACCAGUGUAAAACCAGUUGCUUCAGAUGAUAAAUACAAGGAUGUUCCCUCCUUGUCUCCUAUACACAGGUCAAAAUCGGACCAGCACUUACAGAUCUCACACACAGGAGAGUUCUCCUCUAUGGAGACAACUGCUGUUGGCACUGGUUAUCAGAAGGAGGUAGAAAAUGGCAAAAGUCCACGCAGUAAAAGUGAAACAGAUAUUAAUGUUUGUUCAUUAGAUACAAAGAAUUCACCAUACCAGAUCUUAACCAAACCUGAGUCUGUAAAUAAAAAUGUGACUUUCUCUGAAGGCUUUGUAACUUCUGAUGAAAAUACUACAAAUAAACCUGACACUGACAGGGAAACUGUUCUCAGUGAAAAACGAAUCGGUUCAAAACACGAUGAAAAAAUCUUUCCAUCCUUUAAUUCGGAUUUUGGUGAUAUUAGACAAAGAAGUGUUACGAAGGACUGAUAAUGUUAUUAGAUAAUUAAUUAUUGAUUGUUAACAUGGACCAUUGUAAGUGUGCUGCCGAUUUGACUUGUCAACAUUUCUUGUUCAUGAUUCUACAGUAGAUAAUCCUUAAAGGGCUUGUCAGGAAUAGAAAGUUAUAAGGAAGGGUUACUUAAUCUCCCUUACCAGAACAUACUAUUGAUGUGAAAGUAGUAAUAAAAGUUCUCAUUGGGAUGAAAAAGUACAAUAUCAUAUGAUCAA